GGGUGCGCUCCGCCGCCGCCCUUCAGCGCAGGGUCGGUCCCACGAGAGCGUGAGAGCGGAGCCGAGGGCCGGAAGCACGCGGCUGGCUGGGACCCACCGCAUGCAGCCUGGCUCUCGCGCGGCAGGGCCCGGGGUGGAGCCUUCGGCGCAGAGAGCGGCCGGCCGGCCGGCGGACACGGAGCGAGAGCGGGUGGGGCUGAACGGAGCCAGUCCUCGCGGCCAAGCCGCCUGAAGCAAGCGGAAGACGGGGCGAUGCUUGCCAGGUGAAAAGCAGGACGUCCUUCCAGAGCGAGGCCGGAGGGGAGAUGUCAUCCAGGAACUCUGAGAAGGAAAGGGAGGAGGUGGAGGAGAAGCAAAGGAAGAGUCGGCUAUCCAGGAGCUACCGAGUGGGUGCCGCCUCCAGCUUCUUUGCCACGCUGGCCACCUUCCCCAUCUACAAGACCAUCUUCCGCCAGCAGCUCCAUGCCUCCUCCAUCAUGCAGGCGGUCCAGCAGCUGCACCAGGAGGGCCUCCGCCAUUUCUACCGCGGCCUUUUCCCACCACUCCUGGCCAAAACCCUGCAAGGAACUGUGAUGUUCGGCACUUACGAGAGCUUCCUUUGCACCCUCUCCAGCCAGGCUUCGGGGCGUUACUCCUUGGAAGACCGAGCCAUAGCUGGCCUCCUGUCAGGCUUCUCGGAGGCCUUGGUCCUCAGCCCCUUUGAGCGGGUCCAGAAUGUGCUGCAGGAUGGGAGGAAGGUCCAGCGGUUCCCAACAACUCAGAGCAUCUUGAGGGAAUUCAACUCCUAUCCGGUGAAGGAAAGACUUGCCCUGGGCUACUACCGAGGGCUUGGCCUCGUCCUGCUCCGGAACGGCCUGGGGAGCGCCCUGUACUUCUCCUUCAAGGAUCCCCUCCGUGACCGCCUGUCCAAGAAGGGCCUGCCCAGCUGGCUCCCUGCCCUCAUCUCAGGCAGUGUGAAUGGCACGGCCAUCUGCCUGAUGCUCUACCCUCUUGGAGUCCUCAUUGCCAACAUGCAGGCUCAGGUGGGGAGGCAGGAAACCCUCCCUUUCUGGGCAGUGGUGGCUGCUGUCUGGCAGACACGAGAGGGGAGGGCCACGCUCCUCUACCGGGGGGGCUCCUUGCUCAUUCUGCGCUCAGGCCUCAGCUGGGGGCUCACCACCGCGGUCCAUGACUUUCUGCUUCAGGCCACCAUGAACUAGGAGGGUCACCCCCUCCCUCCCUUGGGUCACAGCCCAUGAGUUGGGGGAAGGGAGCUGCCACCUGGGACGCUGCCCUCCAGUGCUGGACAAUGCAGAAGAGGGAAAUGUAUCAGGGGAGAGGGUCAACGGGGAAAUGGGGAGGCCUCCACCCUCUUUCCUCAUGCAGCUCACAUCUCAGGUGGGAGGACAGCACUCUGUGUGAAAGGGGAAGGGUUUUUAUUCAGGGGCGGGGGGUGUACCCUGGUUGGGUGAAUGGACUCAAAGCAGGAUGGUCGCUCUUGCUUGCACUGCAUUAUGUAGAGCCAGGUUUUAUUUAACCUGCCUUCCUGAACUUACUAGGAUGGAGUCCCACUGAUUCCCCACCCCUUUGCCUGUCUGAGUUUAAAGAUGCACUAGACUGCAAAUAAAAAUUGAG